AUGCCUCUCAUCAUCCUAACCGGCUAUCCAUGCUCCGGCCUCUCCUACCGCGCAAACCAACUCUCCACACUCCUCUCUUCCAUCCAAGAUUCCCUCACCGCUACCAUUGCCUCUAAAGGAAGAUAUAAAUUCCACGUUGUCCAUUCGCACGAUGAGUCCCAUCCGCGCACCGUAUACGACACUGCGAGAUCAGAAAAAGAGGCUCGAGCAGUGGUGUACGGGCGGGUGAAGAGGGCGCUUGGAAAGGAUACGUUUGUGAUCGUGGACGGAAUGAAUUACAUUAAGGGAUGGAGGUAUCAGUUGUGGUGCGAGAGUAAGGCGGCGGAGACGGCUUGUUGUGUGGAGCAUGGUUACCUGAAUUGGGGCGCCAUGAAGAAAGAGCACGGCUCAUCAGUGAUUGACAUGAUGAUACCUUCACAAAUCUUGUGGUCACCUACUGAUGAUGACAUUGUUCACGUUGGGACACCUAUUGACCGAUGCAUUGUAAAUAAUGAAUCUCGGAUACGGAAGCGGGAAAUGAAGAAGGGGGGAGAGGACUUGGGAGAGAGAGACGGAGCCGGAGCAAACCAGGAACCUGAGGCGGAAGUCGAUAGGCACUCUCACUCAAUAAGUGAUGAUGAGGAGCCAUACCCCCCCGAACUCCUUCAAAACCUCAUAUUCCGCUAUGAAGAACCUACAACUCACAGCCGCUGGGACAAGCCACUCUUCACCGUUCCGUGGAGUGACCCUGCUCCUCCGGUUGAGGAUAUCUGGACAGCCUUAACAGGUAUAUCCGUAUCUAAAGAAAAAUCCGCAACAGAUCCACCCCUUUCCACCGCAUCGAACCCCAUUUCGCCGCCCUCCACAAACACACCUUCCAUCAGCGCAACGGGAACCAACGCCCGUACAUCCCUUCCCCGUCCCAAAAUCGUCCCGCACCAAGCCACAAUUCAACCCGCGACAACAGACCCCAGCGCUCUCCAUGCACUCGAAAAGUGCACCGCAGGAAUAAUAAAUGCACUCCGAAAAUUCUCCCUCGAACACCCCUCCGCUUCUGCAGCCACAGCCACGACUGCUGCCGAGACCGCUAAACUCUCUCUUGGACCUGGGAUAUCUAUAUCAGUCCCUGGCGCUGAGACCCCCGUGUUCAUACCCGCCGCCGCCCUUGCGUCCACGCCCACGGAUGAAUUGGCUGGUGCGGGAGGCAUUCUUUCGCUCCCGCGCCUACAGAGGUUGCGGAGACAGUGGGUUGGGAUGAACCGGGCGUAUCUAGGCCAGGGCCACGCGAGGGGUCAGAAGGGAUUGGGGACUGAGCAGGCGGGGGAUGCCUUUGUGAGGUUUCUAAAUGCGGAAUUUGAGGGGAUGGAGGAGUGAGAUGUCUUAUUUUUUUUUGUGCUGGGCAAUUUUUGGUUUACUAUUUUUUUGGAGGGGGAAGGAGGAUGACGGGUUGAGGAAACGAAAUAGAUAUUGAAUGAGUUCACGAAUUGGUAACGGAAUUACGACGGGUGAUACCCAUUUUACUGGAGAGAAAUUUGUGCAAGAUAGAGGAUGCGGAUACUUCGAGGUCAAACUAUUGCAUGCAAUCUGUCCUUCCGAUCAGAAGCUGGCAACAUGGGUGACUUACAGAGACUCUCAGGGCACAAUUAGACCCUUCUCAAUACACAAUGGGCAGUUAGCUUUUCCAUGGCCUUGUCAGCUGGCUAGCUUUAGUCAGGCAAGAGAGAUAUAAAGCGACGAAGUAGAUAAAGAAAAUAAUUGGAAGGGAAAGUGGAUACUCGAAUAAUCAGAAUGCCUCCCGCUCACGACAU